AUGCGCUAUCAGCCACGACUCCGGGAUGGAAAGGCGGCGCCGUUGCCCUGGCCGCUGGCCAUGUAUCGUCGCCUCAAUCAUAUUGCCUGGCCGCUGGAGGAUGGGGCCAGUCGGCGUAUGGUGUUCAUAGAGCGGCUGCUAAUCUUUGUCGGAUUUAUCAUAUUCUGUGAGCACAACGAGGUGGACAUGCAUUAUGUGCUGGCCUAUCGCAACGAUAUUGAUAAGAUGCUGACGGGUGUGCCGACAUAUUUGGUGCUGUUCGAGAUGCAGAUACGCGGCUUUCAGCUGGCCGCCACGAAGGAUUCGUUCAAGCAGCUGCUGCAGAAAUUCUAUGCAGACAUCUAUGUGAGCCAGGAAACGGAGCCAGUGAGAUUUGCACGCAUCCAACGUCAGAUGCUGGGCACGCGUCUCAACUCAGUGGUUUAUUUAAUGGCACUGUUCAAUUUCUCGCUGGUGCCCGUGCAGAAUGUUAUCUACCAUCGACGAGAGAUGCUCUAUCAGCAGGUUUAUUUCUUUGACAAUACAAAGCUGCAGUACUAUAUACCCCUGAUCUGUGCCAACUACUGGGUGGGCAUUAUAAUUACAACGAUGAUCUUUGGCGAGCUGAAUAUUCUGGGCGAGCUGAUGAUGCAUCUGAAUGCACGCUACGAGCUGCUCGGCCGGGAUCUGAAGCAGGUGGCCAAGGCGCUGCUGUUGCACGGACAUCCAGCUAAAAUAGCAGCUCAGUAUCGUUGUGCACUCAUCGAGAUAUUGCGGCGAAAUGCUGCUUUGAAUCGCUUUGGCCAGCAAAUGGAGCUGGAAUUCAGUUUUCGCAUAUUUAUAAUGUUUGCGUUCAGCGCUGCGCUACUCUGUGCCAUGGGCUUCAAGGCUUAUACGAAUCCAGCGGGUAAUAUUGUGUAUAUCGUUUGGUUUACAGCCAAAUUCUGUGAGCUGCUCGCCUUGGGCAUGCUCGGCUCGAUUCUUUAUGCAACGACGGAUCAAUUAAGUGUCAUGUACUACUGCUGUGACUGGGAGCAGGUGAUCUACAAGUCGAGCAAUGCUCAAGAAAAUGUGAAACUCAUGAAGCUAGUCACAAUGGCCAUCGAGAUUAACUCCCGUCCAUUUUACCUAACUGGCCUAAAGUAUUUUCGCGUUACGCUGGUCGCUGUACUAAAAAUAAUACAAGGUGCUUUCUCGUACUUUACGUUUCUAACUUCGAUGCGUUAA